GAGAAUGAAUUACACGCGGUUCAUCACGGCUGCGAGCGCGGCCAGAAAGCCUUCUGCCAUUCGAGUCAUGACUGAGAUAUUGGGCAGGUCAUCGAAAUCGAAAUCUGUCCUCUCCCUGGCGACCGGAGCACCAAACCCCAACACGUUCCCUUUCAAGUCUGCGGUUAUCACCACAGACAACGGAGAGACCAUCCAAUUUGAUGAAGAGAUGAUGAAGAGAGCACUGCAGUAUUCUCAGAGUGCUGGACUCCCAGAGCUGUUAUCCUGGCUAAAACAGUUACAAGUAAAAUUGCAUAAUCCUCCCACCAUCCAUUAUCCACCCAGCCAAGGACAAAUGGACAUGUGUGUCACAUGUGGCAGCCAAGAAGGUCUCUGUAAGGUAUUUGAAAUGAUCGUUAAUCCUGGAGAUAAUAUCCUCGUAAAUGAACCUAUUUAUUCAGGAACAAUUCAGGCUGUGCAACCACUGGGCUGCAACAUUAUUAACAUUUCCAGUGAUGAACAUGGGAUUAUUCCAGACUCCCUCAGAGAAAUACUUUUCAAAUGGAAACCAGAAGAUUCAAAGAACCCCGAGAAAAACACCCCCAAAUUUCUUUAUACUGUCCCAAAUGGCAACAACCCUGCCGGGAGCUCAUUAACAACUAACCGCAAAAAGGAAAUCUAUGAGCUCGCAAGAAAAUACGACUUCCUCAUCAUAGAAGACGAUCCUUACUAUUUUAUGCAGUUCAACAGGCCCUGGGCACCGACUUUUCUCUCCAUGGACGUUGAUGGGCGUGUCAUCCGAGCUGACUCUUUUUCCAAAGUCCUGUCCUCUGGGUUGCGAAUAGGGUUUAUAACUGGUCCAAAGCCCUUGAUCGAGAGAAUUGUUUUACACAUACAAGUUUCAACAAUGCACCCCAGCACUUUUGCCCAGCUCCUGGUAUCACAGCUUCUACACCAAUGGGGAGAAGAGGGCUUCCUGGCUCACGUAGACAGGGUUAUUGAUUUCUAUAGGAAGCAGAGGGAUGCAUUAUUGGCAGCUGCAGACAAGUGGUUAAGUGGUUUGGCAGAAUGGCAUGCUCCUACUGCUGGUAUGUUUUUAUGGGUUAAAAUUAAGGGCCUUCAUGAUAUAAGAAAACUGAUUGAAGAGAAAGCCUUUAAGAAAGAGAUAUUCAUGCUUCCUGGAUAUCAUUUCUACCUUGAUAGUUCAGCUCCUUGCCCCUACUUCAGAGCAUCCUUCUCUUUAGCUUCUCCAGAGCAGAUGGACAUGGCCUUCCAGGGAUUAGCCCAACUUAUAAAGGAAUCUUUAUGAAGAAAUCGAACUCUUCAUAGCACUCACAGUUUUCAGAUAAAUUAUUUCUAUGUUUUGGCAGGAAGAAAUGAUUGUUGGUGUCAGAUUUACAGAUUGGGUUUCAUCAAACACGUCAUAUCUGUAGUAAUUUAACUAGACAACUUUUAAAGUGCCCUUGAAUGCAUCAGAUUGCCAAAAUAUAUUUAUAAUCCACCUAUACAUGUUGAUAAAUUUUUAACCCACAAAAAAAUAUUUUUAUUCUGGAUUUUAUUGUAAAGAUUUUUGUAGUUGCUUUAUCAUUUCCCAUAAAUUUUCUUUGAAA